AUGAUUAGGUUUUGCCUUAGAACUGGCAUUUAGCAGUAUUUGUAUAAUUAGAAUUAGUUAUUUAGGUUUGCAAGAAAACAAACUCCCCAACAGUAAAAGAGAAAGAAUCUAAUUGCUGAUGAUGUUGAAUAAGAUGGAAAAAAUGAUUAAGUUUUUAGUGAAAGUGAUAACGAAGAAAUAGAAUACCAAGAAUAAAGAGGAAAUAAUCAAACUUAUAAAUCUAAGAAUAAUGAAUUAGUUAUUCAGAAAAAUGAUCUGAUGCUUCAUAUUCCAAAAACUGAAUUUAAUCCUCGUUUCAAGCCAACUCUUAAUGAAGAAAGAUAUCAUAAUAAAAUAGCUCAAAAUUUAUACUUAUGGUAAUAAGCUAACAAAAAUAAUCCUGAAAAACAGUAUGUUAUUCAUGAUUUACCAUUCUUAACUUAUGGCGAACCUCAUUUAGGACAUUUCUACAAUAAAACUCAGUAAGAUAUUGCAGCAAGAUUUGCAAUGCUAAACGGAUAUAAAGUAACUCAUCAAAUAGGCUUUAAUCUCCAUGGUUAAACUAUAUAAAACUAAGCAGUUAUUGCAGAGUAGCUGAAAACUAAAGAAUUAAAGAGAUUCAGCUCCUAAGAAAUCAGAGAUAUAUCAAACAAUUUUGCCUAUGAGAGCUUAAAAAAUAUUAUCAUAAAAAUGUCUCGUUGGGGUUUAAUGACUGAUUUUUCUCAAGCUUAUACUACUAACCAUCCUUUUUACGAAAGUGGUGUACUCAAAGCAUUUUACGAGCUAGUUUAAGAAAAAAGCAUUUUCUUAGAUGAAAAGCCAACUUUGUGGUCAGUCAAAAACAGAACUGCCUUAGACGAUGAUGAAGCUAACAUGGAAAUUAUUCCUAAACCCGGAACAUUUAUUAAAUUUGAAGUGAAAAACUUUGGAAACAAUAUUUUCCUGUAAAAUUUAGCUUAAGAACAUCAAGUUAAAGUUUAUGUUAUUGGUUUCACUACUGAAUUGUGGACCUUAAAUUCUUUAAGAGCGCUUUCAGUCAAUGAAAAUGUUUAAUAUGGUAUAUAUAAAUCAGGAGAUGCACUUUAUGUUAUUUCUAGAAACAGAUUUAAGCAUCACCGUCUUUUUUUUAAGGAAGAAAAUAAGGGAACACUUGUUUCUACAUAAACAGGAAAAUAAAUAUCAUAACUUACAGUAUUUGAUCAAGCUUUUGAAAGGGAUAUUCCAGUUUUAAGCUGUGAUACUUAUGCUAAAAAUGAAAGAUUUGGAUUAGGUAUUGCUUGUGUAUGCCCUGGUCAUUAUUCUAAAGACUUUUAAGUUUCUGAGUAGUAUGAUUUGAGCAAAAAAGCGCAUGUUAAUAAAUUUGGUAGAUUAGAUUAAACAGUUCCUAAUGAUUUAUAAAAUCUUAGUGUAGUUAAUGGUGAAGCAGAUGAGCAUAUACUAUAAAAAUACUUAGAUCAGAAUUUGGUUCUAGACAUUGAUGAAAACUAUGAAACAGAGUAGUAUUUUGAUAAAAAAACUAAUGAAAAAUUAAUAGUAAGAACUUAAAUGACUGUUUACUCGAGGUUACCAGAUUUUGAAAGAGAAUAUUUUGUUGAGCAACUUAAAGAGAAAAUUAAAAUUAAGAUUAGCGGAUAGCUAUCAAAUAAAGAAAGUUAAUCAGAAAGCUAAGAGGGUGCUUUUGGUUCUCUAGAAAAAUAAAUCUUAGAAAAGUCUGACAACUGGACUAUUUCUUCAAAUCAAGAAUGGGGCAUUCCAAUUCCUAUCUUCUUUUACAUAAAUACCAAUCAGUAAAAGUAUCUAUUAGAACCUGCAGUUGUGAAACAUAUUAUUGGGCUCUAUGAAUAAUUUGGAAGCUAAAUUUGGCAUCAAUAUUCAAUAGAAGAGCUUUUACCAUAGAAAUAUAAGAAUUUAGCAGCUCAAUUAGAGAAAGGGUAAUUUACAUUUGAUUAAUGGUUUGAAAGUGGAUGCAGUUGGUAUGUAAUGCUUAAAAGUAAACCUAAUGGUUAAGAUAUUAGACAAAAGUUUUUGAUUUAAUAAAAUGAUUUAAUUAAAUAAAAGCAGAAAUAAUUAUCUAUUGAGAAUAAAGAUUAAGAUUAAUCAAAAUAAAUUGUUUCUUCAUCAAGCUAAUCAAGUUAAGCAAGCUCUGGAGAAUUUAACAUAGUUCAAAAAUAUCCAUGUGACUUAGCUAUUUAGGGUAAAGAUCAAAUUGAUAGUUGGUUAUUGUCAACUUCUUUACUGUCAAUUGGAUUAAAAGAGCAUGCCUUUUUUAAUAAUUUGAAGCUUCAUAGAGUUAUCCCUGCAACUAAUGAUGAAAAAUUAUCUAAAUUAUCAUAAUUUAAGAGCAGUAUAGAUGAUUAUAUUGAAGGAACAGUUAAAUUAAAUGGGGAAAGAUAGUACGGAUACGGAGUUGAUAUCCUUAGAAUGUGGGUUGCUCUUUCAGAUAAAGUUAGAGAAUAAGUUAAUGAUAAAAAAAAGAAAAAAGAAAAAAAUGAAAAUGCUAUUUAAGUAGCUGAAAAUAUGGACUACAUAUUUAUGAGACCAAACGAAUUCGAUGUACCAAAUAAUUAUAUUAACAUUUUCAGAAAAUGUAUGUGGAAUAUGUUAGGUAGUUUGAAAGGAUAUAAUUAAAAUCUUGAAUAAAUAAAAAUAUUCAAUAAUGGAAAACUUUCAUUCUUAAGCGAUUACAUGAUGACAUAAUUAGUUCUUUAUAUGAUAAACAUGCAUAGAGCUUAUUAGCAACUCGAUUACGCUACUAAUGUAGAUUUAACUAUGGACUUCAUUAAAAAUUGGGUUUAUGAUUUCUUCUUGGAUUCUACUAAAAACUUUAUAAUUUCUAAUCCAGUUGAUCCUAAAACUUAAGAAUAUCUUUUUGUUUACUCUAAGAUAGUAGAAAACCUUUUAAUAGCAGUUUCCCCUAUGAUCCCUCAUAACGCAGAAGAUAUUUUUAGUAAUGUGCACUUUAAAUUAAAUAAAAAAGAAUCAAUUUUCCAUUACGAUUGGCCUGAUAUGAGUAAAGAAGAUGUCCAUUCAUUGUAGAGCAAAAUCCCAAAAUAAAAUUUGCUCUGGUAAUUAAGAGAGUGUAUUUGGGAAUAAUUGACAUUUUAAAUGGAAAGAUAUCAAAACAUUCGUUCAAAAGAAAGAUAUGAUAUAGUGAUUAUAGUUGAUGAAUUAUUUAGUAAAGAGUACUCUAUUUUAGAAGAAACAUGUAUAGAUGAAUUAGAUUCCUUUAUUGGAGCAGGUUAAGUAAAAGUGCAUACUUUGAAAGAAAAUUAGGAAUAUCCUCACAACUCUAUUAGUACAUUUAAAUUUAAAACAAAUUAUCUAAGUAAUGAAAAGCUAAGCUACACUAUAAAAAUAUAUUUAUCUGAAAACUUUAAGUGUAUCAGAUGCCAUAAAUAUACAGCUAUAUAUGAAAAUACUAUAUGUCCUCACUGCAUUACUUAUUUAUCUACCAACCAUAAGAAGUAAUGCAAUCAUCUACUUAAUUAAAUAAAAAGAAAUCCAUAAUUACCUAUUAAAGUUAUAGAUCCUAAACAAAAAAUUCUAGAAUGA